GGUCCAGCGGCCAGGAGCAGCCGCGAGAGGCAGGGAGCAUCGGGCCCGGACACACGGCUUCCCCGCAGCAGGAUCAGCAGCAGGAUCAGCAGCAGAGCGAGCCCGUGCAGGGUGGAGGGGGCACCCGGGAGGUGCCCGUGUACCCCGAGCUGCAACCGAGGACGGGGCUGUCAUUGCUGGGUACCCCGGGACUCUAUCAUUGUGUGCGGCCCGGAGCAGCAGGCCGCAUCCCCCCCACUUGCCCCCUUUUCCCUCCCGGCCAUACUCUGGCCUCCCCCGGCAGCCCCCGGAGCAGCAGCAGCACCAGGAGGAGGAGAAGGGGGCGGAGAGGGGACCUGAGCGGCCGGGCAGAGGAGGCAGAUCACGGAGCCGGGGCCGCUGCUGCCGCCCCCCACCAGCAGCAGCACCUCUCGGCCCCCCUCUCCUCCUUCUUCCCCACCCCCAGGCUCCCCGACAUGACCGCCAUCAUCAAGGAGUUCGUCAGCAGGAACAAAAGGCGAUACCAAGAGGAUGGCUUCGACUUGGACUUGACAUAUAUUUAUCCCAACAUAAUUGCCAUGGGUUUUCCGGCAGAAAGACUUGAAGGUGUAUACAGAAACAAUAUAGAUGAUGUAGUAAGGUUUUUGGACUCCAAGCAUAAAAACCAUUACAAGAUCUACAAUCUAUGUGCAGAAAGACAUUAUGACACCAACAAAUUUAGCUGCAGAGUUGCACAGUAUCCUUUUGAAGACCACAAUCCACCACAGUUAGAGCUAAUCAAACCAUUUUGUGAAGAUCUUGACCAAUGGCUAAGUGAAAAUGACAAUGUAGCGGCAAUCCACUGUAAAGCUGGUAAAGGACGUACAGGAGUAAUGAUUUGUGCUUAUUUGUUACAUCGAGGCAAAUUUCUGAAGGCACAAGAAGCACUAGAUUUUUACGGAGAAGUGCGGACUCGGGAUAAAAAGGGUGUGACAAUUCCCAGCCAAAGGCGCUAUGUAUAUUACUACAGCUACUUGUUAAAAAAUAAUUUGGAUUACAGACCAGUGGCACUAUUGUUUCACAAGAUGAUGUUCGAAACUGUUCCGAUGUUCAGUGGCGGAACAUGCAAUCCCCAUUUUGUCAUCUAUCAGCUGAAGGUUAAGAUAUUUACAUCAUCCACAGGACCCACCAGACGUGAGGAGAAAUACAUGUAUUUUGAUUUCCCGCAACCUCUUCCUGUUUGUGGGGACAUAAAAGUGGAGUUUUUCCACAAGCAGAACAAGAUGAUGAAAAAGGAAAAAAUGUUUCAUUUUUGGGUAAAUACAUUCUUUGUACCUGGCCCUGAUGAAUAUUCAGAGAAAGUAGAGAAUGGAACGUUAGUUGGAGAGCAAGAACUUGAUGGUAUAUACAGCACCGAACGUUCGGAUAAUGACAAGGAAUAUCUCACCCUCACGUUAACAAAAAACGACCUAGAUAAAGCUAACAAAGACAAGGCCAACAGAUACUUCUCACCAAACUUCAAAGUGAAGCUAUUUUUCACUAAAACAGUAGAAGAAUCUUCAAAUUCUGAGGCUAGCAGCUCCACCUCUGUGACACCGGAUGUUAGUGACAAUGAACCUGAUCAUUAUCGAUAUUCUGACACCACUGACUCUGACCCAGAGAAUGAACCUUUUGAUGAAGAUCAGAUUACAAAAGUCUGAAUAUUUUUCUGUUUUUCCUUGUCUUUUUUUUUUUCUUCCUUUUGUUGUCUCUAUAUAUAUUUUUUUUUUUUUUUUAAUCGAGGGAAUUAAAACCACAGAAAAAGACAAACUUGAAUAAACUGAAAAAGGACCUUUUUUUAAAUGGCAAAUGACAUUGUCAGACUACCAGUUAUAGGAGCAAUUAUUAUUAUUAUUAUUUUUUUUUUUCCUUGACCAAUGUUGUUUUGCCCCACAGGGUUUUUGGCACUGUUGUCCAAUGGAAUGAGGAAAAAAAAGAAGCAAAAAAACCAACAAAAAAACAGUAAAAUUAAAAAUAAGAAAAGGUUAUGUAGCAAUGUUAUGUAAAUAUCCUUUUCGUGUCAAAAGAACAUUCAAAUCUUAAUUAGGAUAAAUAAAGAUGGCACUUUCCAUUUUAUUCCAAGUUUUUUUUUUUUUUUUUUUUUUUUUAAGUGGAGAUGUGUAUAAGUAAGGUUAAUUUUUUUCUUCCUUUUUGUGUUUUGUCACCAACUGAAAUUCAAUAUGGGCUUUGUGAAAUACCAGGUUCACUUCCUGCCUCUUCACAGCCUGUUUGGCAACAGAUAACACUUUAACUGGCUAAGAAAUGUUCAUGGGUUACUUUGUUAUAUGCAUAUAUUAAAUGCGGUGGAUAAUGAAUAUUUAAAACUGAAUCUACUUCCGGCUUGAUUCAUGUACCAUCUCAAGUUUAAAACAUGCUCCUUUGUUUAGCGUGCUACCGUAAAUCCCGAACAUACAAAGGAAUUGUCCACUGUCACUGCUUAUUGUUUGUGCUUCUUUUAUAAUUUUUUUUUUUUCUAUUUUAAGCAUAAUGGUGCUAGAAAAGGCAGCUAUAGGGAGCAUUCUUUUAAGAGGUACAGGAUUGAACCAUAUAAACCUUCACAAGCAGACUUACAUAUACAUUCUAUAAUAUACAUGCUCACAAAUAUAUUGGCAUUGACAGCAAUGUUUUAUCCACACAAAUAUGGAAUGUUGUCCACAGUGAAAUUUACCCAAUUGUUUUAAAACAAAAACUAUAGCCGUUUUAACUCCUGAAACUUUCCCAACCACUCCAAACUGUUGCAAUGAUGCUUUCCAUCCCUUGUGUUAUCAAGGCCAGUGCAAAGUUUGUAGACCUUAACCAUAUGUACCAUUAGGCUCUUCAGUGGUAUACAUAGUGUUAUUGAGGACAUCUUGGUACAUAAUAGUUAAUCAGAGUCCAAUUAUUGCAUUCUUUCCCAAUCAUACCUGCUGUGAAUGCUUUAAGUGCUGCCUGCAAGCUUCUGAUUUUGUCUCCCAUCUCCUCAUUGAAUAUGAACUUUUAACAGUACAGGAAGUUUCAGUGUAUGAUUCUAACAGAUCUUUCUGCAAAGAAGGAAAAAGGAGAGGCCUGAUGCAUUUAUUGCAUAGCUGUCAGCAGAUCCACCUUUUUGACCUUACAUAUUCUAUUACAAUGAGUUUUGCAGUUUUGCACACUUAAACUGUUAGGGAAUUUUACUUGAAGAAUGUUUAGUAGCUUCAAUGUCUUUUUUUUAUAUACAUAUAUAUAUAUAUUAUAUAUAUUUUUUUUCUUUUACAUUACACAUGGUUAUGAAGUCAGUGUUGCUUUAAAAGUUUCAACACGGAACAGAUAUAAAAUGGUGUAUAUCAAAACUAUAAAGUGUCCCAAAUAUUCUAUGUAGUUAUUUUACUAUUAAAAUAUUCGAUUUCUGAACUGGCAGUGUUCAAUCACUACUUACAAAUGCAUCCUGGUAUUCCACUUUUUAAUGUGGAUCAGGUUUUAUUUUGCACGCCAGACUGCAUAUUAAGCUUACCACAACUGCUGUUUUUUUUUUCCAAGCUUUCAGUUUCCAGAUAAAAUGCUAUAUACUUUGAUAUUUUAUAAAAUACAGUUCAUAACAGUGUAAAAUCCCAUUUUAUUUUAUUAACCGAAGUUUGACAUAGUUAUUAACAGAAGCUGAAAUUCAAAUUGAAGUAUUUGGAAAUGGUUAACAAUUAGAUGGGGUAGUUGUGAUUUUUGUUAGACGGAAGUUCUACUUUGUAUCCAGACAUGCUUUAGAGAAUUUUAUAACUGGCACUUACUGUACUAAGCAAAACAAUAAUCCAUUGAUGCUCUUAUGGAGGUAAAUUGUGCCUAUGUGUGCAUCUUACAGGCUAUUACAUUUCCCCUACGGUAUUUUGUCAAACGGAGUGUAUAGAACGCCCAUAUUGAGUUCUAGAAUUCCAAGGUUCUCCUUGGGAAUUUAAAAACGCCUUUUCAUUUUUAAGUAUUGAAGAGCAUUUUAAUUUUUGGGGUAUGCUCUCUUGAGCUCCUUGACAAAGUAUGAUUUUUAAUUGGUCUGGAGAUGCAAUGUGUGUUUCUAGAUUAUGCUCUUACUCGGUGUGUUGGCACAAGUAAGCCUUCCAGGAAGAGUUGUAAUCUUCUAGUGUAUUUUGAUCAGUGUUUUUUGUUUUUGUUUUUUUGUUUUUUUUUUUUACAUAAAAAUUUUUGCCUUCAAGAGGUUUGAACACCUGCUCGGUGUAGAGAUUUGUUUGUUUUUAAAUCUUUAGAGCAGAAUUUUUUAGUGCAAAUUUGACAUUAAAAUUAUGCUACAAAGUCCACAUCUGCAGCUUUAUGCAUACAUUGCAUGUUUAAUGGAGUUCUUAAUGUUUAUAAUGGGGAUCAUUGAGCUAUGUUUCAAACAAAGAUGCAUUCUCAUGCUUUUUUUAAUUAUAAUUAUUACUACUGCGUAAUCUGUAAUUACUCCACAGUUUGUAGUGAUGGUUACGGUAUGAUAUACCGGCAGACGGAAUGCCGGCUGUCAGCCUACAUCUCUCGCUGUAAAUUACAAAUCAGUGCUCCCUAAUAAAAUCUCCAUUGGAGCCUGAUUUACCAUGCUAUUAAAACUCAGGAGGGCCACUUAAUUCCAGUGUGCGUGAGCACUAGAAGAGGAGUCAUCAGCCACCCGUAAUAAUAAUAUAGGUGUUUUACAUUUGGCAGGUGGUAGUCGGCCAAAGCUAGAUUGCUAAAUGCUGGCAAUUUUUACUAUUCAUGAUGUAGGGUGCCCCUGUGCUGGAGCACUCUAGUGCAUAAGUACUGAAACUUUCUGGAUUUUUGUGGUCAUUUUACCUUCAGUCAAUACGUCCAUGUACACUGGAGAAAUUGUAGUCAGAGUCACUUAAGUCAAAUAUCAGUAUGGUGAGUUAUUAAAAAAUGGAAACUCCCCUUGCAGUUGUGUUAUGCCUGCGUUUCAUAUGCUGAAGCCCAUUAUUAGAUUUCCAUCCAGAAGACAGCACAUGGAUAAUCGACAUCAUAAUGGAGCUUGGCUGCAUUAUAAUUCACAUUUUUGUUUAGUCAGUACAGGUUGAGUAUCCCUUAUCCAAAAUGCUUGGGACCAGAGGUAUUUUGGAUAUUUGAUUUUUCCUUAUUUUGGAAUAAUUGCAUACCAUAAUGAGAUAUCAUGGUGAUGGGACCUAAGUCUAAGCACAGAAUGCAUUUAUGUUUCAUAUACACCUUAUACACACAGCCUGAUGGUCAUUUUAGCCAAUAUUUUUUUACAACUUUGUACAUUAAACAAAGUGUGUCUACAUUUACACAAUUAAUUUUUUUCAUAUACACCUUAUACACACAGCAUGAAGGUCAUUUAAUACAAUAUUUUUAACAACUUUGUGUAUUAACCAAAGUUUGUGUACAUUGAGUCAUCAAAAAACAAAGAUUUUACUAUCUCAAAGGGGGUAAUUCUGAGUUGAUCGCAGCAGGAAUUUUGUUAGCAGUUGGGCAAAACCAUAUGCACUGCAGGGGGGGCAGAUAUAACAUAUGCAGAGAGUGUUAGAUUUGGGUGUGGUGUGUUCAAUCUGCAAUCUAAAUUGCAGUGUAAAAAUAAAGCAGUCCGUAUUUACCCUGCACAGAAACAAAAUAACCCACUCGAAUCUAACUCUCUCUGCACAUGUUAUAUCUGCCUCCCCUGCAGUGCACAUGGUUUUGCCCAACUGCUAACAAAAUUCCUGCUGCGAUCAACUCAGAAUUACCCCCAAAAUCCGUAUUUAAUUCUACUAUUUCAGAAUAUUUGGAUAUGGGAUACUCAACCUGUAUAUUGGUCCACUAUGGUAAACGAAAGUUGAAAAAUCCUGGAUGGCAAUGAGACUUGAGCAAAACUUGAUUUGGAAAUGCAAUUUGGCACUCUGUAUUCUUUAGCAGGCACUAUGAACACAUACCACAAGGGAUGUUUGCAAACUGGUUGCCUAACUAUAUUAAUAAGCACUUUGAAAACUUCUUUUCUUUUUUUUGACUGCCUACUGUUAAUAAAGCUAAAUAUUAACAGCAUUUUAUUAUAGGCUGCUUAUGGGGGUUUUUGUCCAUAUUUUUGAUCUGUGCUGUCACAACAAAGUAGAAUGCUUAGUUAGCACUUAACAGUCAAUAAGAAAAUAACAUUUCCAAUCUGUGUUCUGAAUGGCUGCAUGCAGAUUUUCAUUAUGCUUCAGCUCAUUUGUUGCCUUAUCGACAUUGCCAGUGGUGAAGACGUGGCAUGUACAAGAUUGCACUAAGUUGAGGAGUCAACAGUGAUUCGGGCAUGGAUGUUGUGUGUGUGGAGUACAUAUCUGCUGUUACUGUGUAGAGCUGUCACCUGGUCAAUAGAUUAAGAGGGGGAGGGAGAAAGCCAAUUUAUUCAAAUCCUUCCCAGUUUAUUAGUGGUUGUAUGUUUCCUGUGAGAGUGACCAUUUAGAAGCUGCAUUUCUGAUCUGUAAAAGCUGUUGCUUGUCCACUAAUUUAAACCUAUGCCAACCUCCUCAAAUCUUCAACCAGCCAAAAUUUAAAUAAUGGGAUUUUGCACUGUUUGUUUGUUUUUCCUCCCCCAUUUUUUUUUUUUUAAAAUAUUAAAAUCCUGUUCUUUUGAGUCUUUAUUGAAAAGCCUUGCUAAUGUUUUUAUGGUAUAGUCAUCCGAAGUGGGUAGAAAUGGCAUUAUAUAUGUAUUAAAAUAAAAUAUAUAUAACGUACUCCACUUUUUCCUUUAUUUUACCAUCCCCUCAGAUUUUGACAAGAAUUCCUAUGACUGAAUGAUUUUGUUCUUUUCAUUUCUGAAUUACAUCAAUUUGAUCAUAUUUUAGCUGUCCUGAAUCUACUGGCAGGUUCUAUUUAAUGCUCAUGGUCCAAGGACAAAAUGACCUGUAAGCAUGUGAGCUAUGUUGAACCAAAGGGAUUGCAUAGUAGUAAAAAAAAGAAAAAAAAUGUUUUGCUUUAAGUAUCUUCAAUGGUCAGUGUCAGGGCUUGUCAGUGUCAAGAUCUGUUGUCAGUCUCAACAGUACCACAGAAAUUAGACUUGUGUAUAUAAACUUCCGUGUUCUGUCUGAGGCCAUCAACUCAAGUGGAGUUUGCAGGCAGUAUCAAAUAAAAAAUUUUCCUUCCUUCAUAACUUCAUUAUUUUUUAUUAUUAUUACUGUUUUUACACUAUUAUGCCAGUAAGCAAAAGUAAGUUCCCCUUUAAUUCUAGCAAAAUUUGUGCAAUAUGUCUAACGAUGCCUGUGGUUGCCACAAAGUGCCUCGUUUACCUCUUUUUCUGUUUAAAUACUGUUAAACUUGUCAUGCAUGCAAAUGGAAUGGGUGGAACUGUGCACUAUCAAGAGGCUUCAACUGGAGACGGGCAUAUUCUAUUCCAUCAUUGUGCUCCCGAAUAUUUGAGGAAUUCCCUAAAAAUGUAUAUUUGCUUUUGUUGGGGGGGGGGGUUAAGGGUGGAUCCUUUUUAUUUGAUUUUUUUAAUUUCCUUUUUUUUUUUUUUUUUAUUGUUUUGGUCCUAUCUCCGGUUCAGCCUCUUCAAAUAUUAUUGUGCUGUGCAGCAGUGACUCUGUGUGUAAUGCUAUGCACUGAGAAUAUACAACAAAUUACAUGUACAGGAUAAUGCCUCAUACAAAUCACGUGUCCAUUUGUUAUUGUAUGUGUGUUAACAUCCCUUUAUCUUAGUGUUAUAAACUCCACUUAAAACUGAUUAAAGUCUCAUUCUUGUCACUG